AUGGCUGUUAUUCUCCAUCUGGACAAUAGCAGCAAGACCUUCUAUCGGGUGGAUGAGCUGCGGACCUGGAAAGAGGCCAUGUGGUAUUGCCAGGAACAUUACACAGACCUCGCUGACCUGCAGAGCAUGAACAACAUAGGAAGCAUCAUGGUGGUCUACUCCUACACCAGCAGCAUCCAGGCAUGGAUCGGCCUCUUCUACGAUGUGCGCAUCUCUGGCCUGAGCUGGUCUAGUGGCUCCAUCUUUACUUUACCAACAUGGAGUCAGCUGCCUGUCUUCCAGGAAGGACUCUGUGCUACUCUGUAUUCAUGGCUCAAAUUUCCUGCACUGGGAGCUGCCUCCUGCACAGAACAGAAGCCCUUCAUUUGCUAUUUAGAUCCUGCUGUAGGACACCGCAUCUCCUUGGUGUCCCCUCUCAAGGACCUGACCACUCUUCCAGAGGAUGCUGAGGUCAAGAUUGGUCAACAGACCUUCAUUCGGAUUAAACAAACCAUGACAUGGCCCUCGGCUCUGACCUACUGUCGCAAUCACUACACAGACCUGGCCGAUCUGCAGAAUGUGACCGACAAGGACAAAGAAACUCUCAAGUCCAUCAUAAAUGACGAUGAUGCCUGGAUUGGCCUUUACUUCAACGUAAAGAUCAAUAAUCUGACCUGGUCCAGUGACCAGGGUUCCAGCAUCCCUGAGUGGCUCCAGGAGGACAUGCCUAUGUUUGGUCAAGGACUGUGUGCAGGACUCCGUACCUUUGCAAAUCACCCACCUCAGAUUUAUGCUCUGCUUUGUCCUCGUCUGAAACCUUUUAUCUGUUUCUAUGACCCCUCCAUUGGAUAUCGGAUGUCGGCAGAGAUGCCUCCACUUGAUGAUACUUCCACCCCUAGAGUGACUCAGCACUCAAAAGUUCCUACAAGGACAACCUCUAGGCCAAACACAGGGACCAGCCCUGGCCCCAUAGAUGCCUCCCAAGCACUGUAUUCAACAACCUGGAUCCCACAGCGAGUGAGUCAUGAACCAAUUGUGGUCAACUCUGGCACCUGUGACACCACCACUCCUGCCCCGACCACCGUGGGCCUUACAGCUCUCCAACCUCAAGGGAUGGUUUCAAUACUUCCUCUGGCAACCUCUACACAUUCAGGAGCUAUGACCACUAUAGAGAGUGACGCAUAUAAAGGGGACACAACUACCACCACUCAGGCUCAACAUUUAAACUCACCUAACUACUCAGAGUCUAAAAAGAAACCAGCAACAUCAGAAUCAGGGCACUCCUUUGGAAUCUUGAAAGCAGAUUUUACCAUCCCAACACUGAGGGAUCCAGAAGAGAUGACAGACCAACUUUUGAGUGAGUGCCAGGUUAGGGACUGGAUCUCACUGAACUAUAUCCUCAACCCCACUUCUCUGCUAUUUCAGAUCCAAGAAGUCUUAAAGUUUGUGUUAGGUCACGGGGAAUUCACAUUGAAAUGGAUUGGCUUCGAAGUGAACAAAAAAUAGCAAGCACCCAUUCGCUUUCAC